GAAAUCAUCGAAGCCAUUUAGGCGCCGGAAACAGCGAGGUCCAAGUAGCAAGUUCGCCAUGAGCAAGCUGGCGCGGUCGGACACGGAGAAGAGAGCUCCGAGGACCCCGAAGCCGCCGCCCAGGCGAUCCAAGACGAUCGGGCCUUCGCCGCCAAGCAACAUCCCGCUGGCGGGCCCGCCACGCCCGCCUGGCCCACCGCCUCCUGGUAGUCCGCCACGUCCGCCAGCUGGUCCGCCACGCCCGCCUGGCCCGCCGCCGCCUGGUGCUCCUCCGCCACGCCUGCCGGGCGGCGCUGGGCCUCCUGCCAGCAAGGGCCGUGCGCCCGCUGGCGGCAGAGGCGACAGGAUGCGCCGGGCGCCCGAGAUUGUGGAGUUCUACCAGGCGCUGAUGAAGCGCGGGGAGGCCAGCAGGCAGACAGGCUCCCGGGGUCCGAAGGCGCCGGCCGGCGGGUCCAAGGCCGCGAGGAGCGACCUGAUCGGGGAGAUCAGCAAGAACUCCCCCCAUCUCGUCGCCGUGCAAGCUGACGUCGACACCCAAGGGGACUUCGUCCGGACCUUGGCCGCCGAGGUCCGGGACGCGACCUUCGCCAACAUCGAAGACGUCGUCGCGUUCGUGGCCUGGCUUGACGAGGAGCUCUCCUUCCUGGUCGACGAGCAGGCAGUCCUCAAGCACUUCGACUGGCCGGAGAAACGAGCAGAUACGCUACGGGACGCGGCGGCCAAGUAUCAGGGGCUCCUGCAGCUGGAGAAGCAGAUCUCAUCGUUCGUAGAUGAUCGCGCACUCCACCGCGACGCGGCCCUCGGCAAGAUGUUCUCCCUCUUUGAGAAAACAGAGAAGAGCGUGUACAGGUUCAUGCAAGAACGCGACGCUGCUGAUGCCAAGAGCAACCUUGUAUCGCGGUACAAGGAGCAAGACAUCCCAGUAGGCUGGAUGUCAGACUCGGGUGUAAUCGCCAAGGUGCGCGUCAUGAUCAAGCUGGCAUGCGUGAACCUAGCGAAGCAGUACAUGACGAGGGUGGUUUCCGAGAUUGACGGUCUAUCAGGAGCCAGGAACGACGAGGAGAAGAAGGAAACCGCACUUUUCAGGCGUUUGAAAGAGCAGAACAGGGAGGUCUUGCUCCAUCAGGGCGUCAGGUUUGCCUUCCGGGUUCAUCAGUUUGCAGGAGGGUUCACUGCUGAGAGCCUGGAUACUUUUGUUGAGCUAAGGAGACGGCACACUGGUGGAACAAACUAACAUGUAAUUACUGGAGUUUUAGCUUAAUUAUCUGUAAAUUACCAGACUUGGUAGGGAAACAAACACUGUAAAUGUCCAUGAACAGAACAGCCAAUUAAAAUCGUGUAACACCAAGCAAGAACACUGCGAUGCACGCCCUGCCUUCAUCUCGUUCUCUUUGCUUCUCCC